AUGUGGACAUUGACAUUGUUAUUCGCCAGCACAUUGCCGUUGCACGCCAACAGCGCCUACGACAAUGUCAGCUUAUCUGCUGCCACCACCUUCGAUGCGGUGCUCCAGCGCACACUGCGAGACCAUCGCAUUGCGAAUGUGGCGAUUUUUGCCAGCGAUAAUGGCGACAACUAUACGGGUUUCACAGCGCUAAUGGCAAGCUUGGAUCGCCAUCUUUUGGCGCCGCGUUAUAUCUUCACCGCUGCGGAUAACUCCAUGCCGCCACGCAACACUUUACGCCAUCACAUAGACAAUGACGCAUUGAGUGUGGUGCUGUGUGCGGCGUCAACCGACCGCAUUUGGCACGUGGUGGAUCAACGUUUGCGUAAAUUGCGUCAAAUCAAAAUGAUUGUGGUGCCGACGUCGCGUGCGUGCACAGUGCAGCUGACGGCAGUAUUUGCGAAACUCUGGCAACUGCAGUUCUUGCAUGUCGUGUUGCUGUGUAACAGCACUAUUUACCGUUACACGCCAUUUCCACAUUUGCGUGUCAACCAAGUGGCCAAUCGCAGCGCCGAUCUUUUCCCACCAGCGUCGACCGAUCUGCAAGGUUACACGAUAUCAACGCCUGCCGAGAACGAUUUGCCACGCAUAUUCUUUGUGCGCCCCCAGCCGGGGAAGCAAUAUAACAUACGUGGGUUUGCCUUUCACAUAUUCACGAAUUUCUUGCGUCGCCUGAAUAUGACGCUGCGCAUCAGUAACCCCCAGCAGGUGCAUGAUAUAACGAGCAGCGUGGAUACGAGCAAGAUAGUGCAUCAAAUCGCCAGUCAGGAGCUGGAGAUCUCUAUGCAUCCGUAUACGAGUAUUGGUGAGCAGCAGGGCAUUAUGAGUUAUCCGAUCUUCAAGUUGGAGUGUUGCUUAAUAGUGCCGGUACAGAAUGAAAUACCCCGUUGUUUCUAUCCGAUACGUCCGCUCAAGUUGGGCAGUUGGCUGGUUAUAUUCGGCGCCGUGGUCUACAUCUCAGUGGCGCUUGCGUGGACGAGUCCAUGUGUACGCGAGGAUGCGCCCUUUCUCACAAAGCUGUCGCGCACAUUUCUCGAGAGCAUCGCCCAAGUGGUCUUUCUACCAUCCACCUAUCAGAGUCAUCAGCCUUCGUUGCGCUAUCUGCUCGUAUAUUUGCAGUUGGCGCUCUUCGGCUUUCUACUCACCAGCUGGUAUAAUAACCUGCUGGGCAGCUUCUUCACAACCAUACUAGUGGGUGAGCAGCUGGACACUUUCGAAUCCCUGAUUGCUGCACAGUUGCCGAUACUCACGAAAUUUCAUGAGAUCGAUAUGGUUUUAGAGCAAGUGCCGCCAGAGUUGGUGACCAAAGUGCGAAAAUUAAUCGUUGGAUCUAACUCGAGUGUGCAGAUGGCUCAUCUGCGGAAGUUCAACAACUCCUAUGCCUAUCCGGUUACUGAGGAGCGUUGGUCGUUUCUUUCUCUGCAAGAGCAAUACUCGAAUAAACCCAUCAAUCGCUUUUCGAAAAUCUGCCUGGGCAGUCCAUGUAUAGGUUUCCCAAUGCGUUUGGAUUCACAUUUGGAACCGCACUUGACGCAUUUCAUAUUGGAUGUGCAGAUGGCGGGCUUGGACUUCUAUUGGUUGACAUCUGACUUUAAGGAUGCGCUGAAAGCGGGUUAUGUAAAAUUGGUGAAUAAUGUGUUGCCCUUCAAGGCUUUGGACUUGUAUACGCUCUACGUUGCCUGGUGUCUGUUGAUAGCUGGCCUGUGCUUGUCCACGUUUGUUUUUGUGAUAGAAAUACGUGGAUCUUGCGCAAGACGAAAGAACCGAUACUCAGAAAGCUCUGCGCCUUAA